ACAGAGAAGACUGAAAACUCGAGGAAGACGAAUCGAAGAAUCAUUUUGUUGAACAUACGAGACAUCCAAAAUGGCGUCGUGAAACAAGUUAAASUCUCAAAUGAAGUAGAUCAAGAAGAGACAAAAAAAUGGAUGUCUAUUGGGUCUCAAUUAAUCAGAUAACAAUAUUUAUAUUGCUCGUUUUUCUCGAACUAUCAUCUUGUCGUCACGUGACCACGCGUUGCUCAAAGAUUCGUCAAAAACAUGACCAAUCAUCGUUUCUCGAUACYAGUCCUCUUGUGGUCAGUCAAUAUACAGGAAAAGGCGAACAGGACACAAAAAUACAAGUGACACUGGGCGAAGAAGGGAUGAGUACAUACAGGCCAGCGGUCCCUAAGGAAGUCGUGACCACCAAAGCCAAUACACGUGACCUCUCAUCCUACAUGGACUCAGUCCCUCAAGAUGAUACUAAAGAAUCCAUUAUCCAUCUUCUGGAUUCACUGGCAGGGGAGAAAAGAUGGAAAGAAAAACAAGUGAGGGCCAGAAAGAAAAGUAACGAAGACUUUGUAUCUCGGCAACUACUGGCAGCAGCAAACACGGCAGAAAACUCCCAACAAGCAUCAGAUAACUCCGAUGAGAAAAAUGAAGAUGAUAUCGCAAUCAAGGAAGGCAUGCUUGCACACAAUAGUUUUCGUCUUCUUCAUCACGUACAGCCUCUUAAGUGGAACGAAUCCCUUGCCGAGCAAGCACAACGCAUUGCCAAGACAAUUGCUAGUGACCCAAGUUCAUUUCAAGGCGAAUCACCUGGUGAGAACAUUGCCCAAAUAUGGCACGACUUUCCCCAYGCUCCACUCAAAGCAUCGAACAUCUGGUAUAGCGAGAGGAAAGAUUACAGCUUUUCAUACCCUAAAUAUUCUGACAAGGUUCGUCAUUUUACUCAAAUGAUCUGGAAAGGUACCACUCAGGUAGGACUAGGAAUAGCCACAAGCCCUUCAGAGAAAUACAAGAUCGUGGUCGCCUUGUACUGGCCACUCGGAAACGACGCUCACCCAAAGGAACUAGAAGCUAAUGUUCCAAGACCUGGAGGUGGACCAGACGUUUAUGCUACCCUAAAAUGGGAUAUCACCAGACCAAAGAAAAACAGCAAACGAUACGACCACCAGACAAAAAACAAAAUGCGAAUUACGGCGAGGACAAACAUUUAACUGUGUUUUAUUUUACAAUAAACAUGUGUGUUCUUUUGAUGAUAA